CAAGUUUUUUAAUUGAAGAUAUACCACAAUUCAUUAUUCAGGUCAUCUAUAAAAACUUGAUAAUAUCAUAUGACCUUAUCCCAUUUUUAACUUUGAUAACUAGUUCAGUUAUCAUUGCCAAUAAUAUUAUUACCAGAUUAUACAAUAUAAUCAUAAACGUUAAAGAUAAUAAAGUAUCAUCAUCAUCACCAAUGCAAGAAAAAUCAACAGUAAUAAGUAUUGUUGAUGAUGAAGAUAAUAAAAUUAAAGAUAAUAUUAGUAAAUUAAUUGGAGGGAAAAAGGUUAUUCCAAGACAUUCCGUCUAA